AUGUUAUUAACAACAGAAUAUAAUAUUUUUGCUAGUAAUGGAAUGAUAAUAACAAAAUUUAAUUAUCAAAAUGAUUUAGAACCACGUGUAUUUGAUUAUAUACCGUCCGAUUGUUAUGAAUGUUUGAGUUAUCGUGAUAUUAUUAUUACACAAUUAAACGAUAUACCAAUAAAUUCAUUUGAAAAAUUUCAUUUUGGACCAUCUGAUACUUAUUUAUUUUUAAAUGGACAAUUAAAAUUAUCAUUAAAAUCAUUUGCAUUUAAUAAUUGUAUUAUUAAUAAACCUAAUCAUACUAUGUUUAUUACAAUGUCAGCUCCAAAUUCAUGGUUAAAUAUUACAAAUGAAACAUUUAAUGGAUUAGAUAUUCGAUCAUAUUCAACAUUAAAAUUAAUAAUUAAAUAUUUUUAUGGUGUUACAUUUUAUCCUUAUUCACUUAAUGGAAUUAAAAUGGGAAAACAAUCAAAAUUAAUUAUUGAAAUAUCAUCUAUUACACAAGUACAUUUUAUGGCUAAUAUUUUUGGAAAUAAUUCAAUAUCAUCAGCAUUUAAUUCAUCAUAUGAAAUACAUCUUCUACGUAUAGAAACCGUUUUAUUUAAUGAAAAUAGUUUUUCAUUUAUUCAAUUAUAUGAUUAUCAAACAUUUACAAUUAAUUUAGAAUUAAUUUCAAUAUUAAAUUUUCAAAAAUAUUCAUUUUCUAAUUUAAUAUUAAAUUCAUAUUCAUCAUUUAAUAUUUAUUCUAUAUUUAUUACUAGAUUUUCAAUUGAUUCGUAUGCUUUUUCUAAUAUUAUUCUUAAUACAUAUUCAAAUUAUAAUUUAACAGUAAAAAUUCUUGGUACAUGUAUAUGUUUAACAUCUUAUUCAUUUUCAAAUUUAAUAUUAAAACCAUUUUCAACAUUUUAUAUGGCAUUUAAUAAUGUUCGUGGUUUAUCAUUAUUUUCUUAUGCAUUUUUUAAUUUACAAUUAAAUAUAAAUUCAAAAUUAAUUAUCGAUUCUAAUAAUCCAGUUAACAAUCCAAAUCCGAUUAUUAAUAUUGCUUCGAAUACAUUUAUAAAUAAUAAUGAUAUGAUAUUAUCUAAAAAUGAGGGAAUGAUUUAUUUUAAUUUUUAUCAUGUAAUAUUAAAUCGGUAUGAUAUUAAUUCAUUACGAAUGGAUAUUAUUUAUACAAUUAAUUUAAUAGAUAUUGGAUUCUUAGAUUUAAGUAAUUUAACUACAAUCGUAUAUCAAAUGAAACAAUUAACUAUUUUAUUUAAUGGUGUUAGAUAUGUUAAAUGGCCGUUAGUACAAAUAUCAUUAAAUCAAAAUUCAUUUUUUAACAGAGAACAAAGCGAGAUAAAUAAAGUACAAUAUCAUCGUACAUCGACAAAUGAUCAAACAGUUAAAUUUCAUUUUAUGUAUGUUUCAAAUCAGAGUUGUGUUCUUUAUAAUGCUCCAAUAGAUAUUCUAUGGUAUUUUCCAUCAAAUUCAUCGUGCAAUUGUCCACUGUUAUUUGCCUAUAAAAAUGGUAGAUUAGAUGGUCAAAUAAUUGAUUGUAUUCGAAAACAUAGUGGAAAAGAGAGUGCAUUAGCCAUAAAUGAAUGUAAAUUUGAUCAAAUAAAAGAAUUUUGUUCCGAAAUAUUUGACUUGUUUAAUCAGGCAACAAAACAGUAUAGUGACAAUGAUCAGAAUAAUUCAACCACAACAAAACAAUUUACUCCAUCACUAUGGGAAUACUCUAAAGCACGACAAACACAACAAAAAUGGAUGGAUAAAGAUUUAUCUAACACAUAUUUAAAUCCCGUUACUCUUCGACAAAUAGUUGAUAUAAAUUAUUUAAAAUGUAAUAUGAACUUUUCGUAUACGUCACCAAUUAUUAUACGAACAAAAUUAGGUAAUUUAGGACUUGUUAUUGGAAUUAUCAUUGGUAUAUUCGUUUUAUUAUUAAUUAUUGUUAUGGCACUAUUAAACGGUGUACAGUAUAAAAUGCGUGAAUACGAUCCCGAGUGGACUUAUCGACGAAAUAUAUCAUGGACAUCAUUAAGACGAACAUUAUCACAAACAUCAUUACGACGAUCUCGACGAGAUUUAAGAAUUACUGGAGUUACAAGUAAUGAAUCUGAUAUAAAUGAUAGAAGAAUUUCAAGAUCGGAUAAUCAACUAGAUCGUCUACAAUAUCAUGAUACUGAACAGUCUCAACUAUUUGAGAUUCAAAACUGUCAACGUUCGCAUAGAAAUAGAACAGUGAGAAACGAAAUAUUAGACGAUGAUGAAACAGAAGUUACAUGUGAACCAUCAGAUAUCGAUAACAAAAGAACGUUAAAGCGUUAA